AUGAAGAGAAUUAUAUGGAGAAUAAAAGGUAUAACAUGUCUAAAUGAGCGACAAGUGGCAAACAUUGAAUAUGGAGAUCUAUUGUUUCGUCGUAAAAGCGAGCUUACAAAGAUGUCGUUUAUCUUGGAGUUUGCAGAGAACUUAAUCCUGAGAUGUGGAGCUAUCCAAUUCGGCCUUAUGGAUUUUGGACAUUUGAUCGCCACAAUGCUCAGAUCUUAUGGGAUGCUCAGAUUAGCCAUGUCCGAGGUCGUAGGGACCCCUAUGAUGACAUCCUUCAAGACUACUCCAAAUAGAUUGGUUCUGAAACUGUUUGUGAUGAAAGAUUAAUAUGAGUCACUCUCGAAGCUGAUUCGUUGUUGCUCGUUUUCAUUUUACACAGAAAACACACUUAUUGUGUAUGAUACAUUGCUGAUCUUCACAAAUAAAGUCCUUAUGAGAUCUUCAUCUUAGUGUUCAAUAGAAGUUUGGUUUUCUAGAAUAAAGUUUCUAAAUUUGAACGCAUGUGAUUCCUUUUUUUCCUACUUAGAGUAUCACAUUUUGUAAUAAAAUUCAAAGUGAUAAUUUUGACCA